UUUCACUAACACCAAAAAGACUUGAGCCAUGGCUGACACAAGAUGGAUUGUGAAGCUGGUUGUGGAUAUUUUGCUGAUAAUUCUGAUUGCAGCGCUGUCGAUCACUCUUCGGCAAGUCGGAGUGCCAUUUCAUCGAGGAUUCUUCUGCGAUGAUCAAAGCCUGAUGCACCCCUACAAAACUGGAACCAUCAGCGCUGCAGCUUUGUACUGUGUGGGCUUCCUUCUGCCUUCAGCCUUUAUCAUUGGCAUAGAAUCCUUCCUGGUUUACAAGAAUAAGGAGAAGACUGACACCCAAGAGAAUGGAAUGCUGUUGAAAAUGGUCAAGCAGAGUUUUGAUUAUCUGGUGCCUUUCUUCUUUGGUGCUGCGGUCACUCAUUUGACCACAAACAUCCCCAAGUAUGCCGUAGGAAGAUUGCGGCCUCAUUUCUUUGCCAUCUGCCAGCCGGAUUGGGUAAGGAUAAACUGCUCUGACGGGAAUCGUUACAUCACCGAAGAUGUCUGCACUGGGAGUGAUGUCAAGGCCAUUGAAGAAGCUAGGGUGUCCUUCCCAUCAGGCCAUGCUUCGGAGGCUGUCUACACGAUGGUGUUUCUCAUGAUCUACCUGCAGAUGAAGCUCACCUGGAGUGGCCUCACCUUGCUGCGCCCCACCCUGCAGACCGUGCUGUUCUACAUGGCCUUCUACACCUGCCUGUCACGUAUCUCCGACUACAAGCACCACUGGAGUGACGUCCUGGCUGGGGCUAUACUGGGGCUUGUUGUAGCUCUACUUGUGGCAUAUAAAGUAUCACCGGGCAACAGAAAACAGAAGGUUGAAGAGCAGAGGAGAAUUUCGACUCAGGCUUUAAAGGGGGACAAUGAAAACACCAACCUCUAGUUAGACCGUAUUGUAAUAAGCAAGAUCUAUCUGAUUCACUUGUCACAGGUUAGGCAUUUACUAGGGGUGUCAUUAAUUGGAAAGUUGACUGUUAAUGUCACAAAUGUGAUAUUGUGUUAUAUAACACAAUCACAUUUGUCUUACACUUACAUUUAUGCAUAUGCUCUUUAAUUUGAUAUACACAGUUACAUGCCUUAGUCAUGUCCAGAUUCGAUGACUAGGUUUGAAUACCAGAUGGACUUUACUAAAGUGGUGAAUUAUUCUGACCUGUGACACUUUGUAUUCUGGAUCAGGGCAUUGACCUGCCAUGAUAUACCGUAUAUUACCAUAGAUAAGCUGAAUUUUGAGGACCAAAAAUAGCAGUCUGUACAAUGGGUUGGCUUAUCUACAGGUUACACUUUUGUCAAACCUCUUUCAGGGGAUAAGAAAACGACAUUGUAUCGCUUUGCGUGAAUUGACAAGAGAAGACAGCUUUGUCAGUAAAAAUGUCAAAUGUGCAAUUAAACAUCACAAGACAAGAUUAUUUAACUCUCUUUUUUUUGACAUUCUGAGUAAAAUUAAUACACUAUAUUGCAAACAUAAGUCCAGAUAUGCAAAGAACAUGUUUUAUUAUGAGAUUGUGUAACAACAGGAUAAGCUUGCGUAAUUCGAUAUGGAUUUGUUGAUACUCCAUUUCUGAUGACUGAUGAGCAAAAAAAAGAUGAGCAAAAGUUUAGGGGUUGGCUUAAGGAACAUACCAUAUUGAUACUGAUUUUAAGGGUCAAGUUAGGGGGUCGGCUUGGCUAUGACAUCGGCUUAUCUACGGUAAUAUACGGUAAAUGGAGUACAGUUCAAAGCAGGGUAAGUCCAUUUCACUCAGUGAGAGUUUUUUCAAUUUUUUAAGUAAAAUACACUUAGUAUCACUCUUAAUCAACGUUUAAUCUCAUUUGUUGUUUGACUUUUGUUUGAAACCUGGUUGUUGAUUGUGGUAUGCCUUGUGUGAAUGUAUAUGUGUCAGGAUUAGCCAGUAUGUAUGCGAAUAUACUUUGAUAUACAUGUACUGGUAUAUGCUUUGGGAGAACACUGAUUUGUUAUACUUUAUGAAUUGAUCCCAGAUUAUGAACUGAUAUACAAUUAUUGGAAUAUAUGGCCUCUGUGAAAUUGAUGAAAUUGACAAGAUUGCAUCCUCGAUAAUCUCCAGGGUAUACGUUGCGAUCACUCUCCACUAUACCCUGGAUGCGUCCACGGCUUGGCCCGAUAAUUAUAUGACCUCCCUUUGCUGGCUCACUGGCACAUUCUCACAGUGGCCAAUCAGCUAAGCGCCAUUACAUCCGAGCUU